AAUCUGUAAAUUAUACACUUUAAUGUGUAAAUUAUACACUUUAAUUUGUAAAUUAUACACAUUAAUCCGUAAAAUUUGCUCUUUGGCUUUUACUUACUUUGACCCUCGACAGAAGCAUGGAGCCAUUUCUACGGAAAAGAGGCGUGCACGAAGAUACCUUGAGAGGUCUUCGAGAUCAGAAGAUAGACGAAGGCGCAGUCAGAGGUAUGUCAGAUUCAGAUUUAUCAGAAUACCUCCCAAAGAAAGGAGACAGGUUUGCGUUAAAAGACUUUCUUGGGAAAGGACAAGAGAAACCUAAAGCAAGAAAAGCCAGUCUAAUGGAUCGAUUAAGAGAUAGACUUCGAAGUAGGAGGGACAACUCUACUGACACAUGCACUGAUGAAGAUGAACCCCAUUCAACGGCAGGAAAAAGACAAAAGUUGAAUGCAAAGAAACAUAUUCAUAAAGUUCAUCUUGGUUGGUAUCACUUCGACGAAAAGAAGAAGAUUUAUCUGCAAGUAAGAGCAAAAGCAGGAGGGGGGAAAAGAACAUUGAUGUUAAAUAAAAACAUGAACAAACAUUCUAUUAUCAAAGAAUGUUUUGAUCUUUUUUUCCCUAACGGCAAAAGUCAGCAUGGGGAGCUGAAGGACAUGGACGUUGAGCUGACCGAUUUUCAACUGAAACCUCUAGAGAACGAGGAAACAACAUUAGGUGAUAUAAUAGACAGGGCUAAGCUCCAGUUUAUUCACUUUUACUUACGUACCAGAUCCCAAAAUCAAAUUCCAGAUGUUGAUGCUCAUGACGAUGAACGGCAGAAAGAUGAAGAACAAGACCUAAACUCAAGUAACAUAUCGCCAGUGGCAACAACAACUAGCAGGGAUUCUAAUGAAUUGAAUAACGAACCAAGUAAGUUCACUGAAGGUUCUAAACGUGAGGAACACGACCUAAACCCAGUUAUUAGCAGCAUAUCCACAAUUCCAAGCAAAGUUAGUGAAGAGUCGACAGAAUUAAAAGACAAACCAGUGGAGAUCGUUGAAGGUGAUGUCCCGAUGGAUGUGGGGUCAAGUCCUGACAACUUCUCGCUACCUGGUCCUCUUUUUUUUCCAGUUUGGGAAGACAGUUUCGAGGAAGUUGCAUUUACACACACUGAGCCAAUUAUAAAAUCUUGUCGUGAGCCGAAAGAAUUUGAAAUUGUUGUUCAUAGAGGGCAAGUUUUGCGAGAGCUUAUCAAAAUAUUCAAAGACAAUCCAGACGUCGACUUCUCAAAAGACAUCAUAUCUGCCACAAUAAUUCUUCCAAACGGAGAAAGAGAACAGGCAUAUGACAGUGGGGGUGUCAUGAGGGAUUUACUGACUGAGUUCUGGGAUGACUUCUAUGAACAGUGCACUACUGGUACCAGUUUGAAAGUCCCAUGUCUACGCCACGAUAUGGAGGCAGAAGAUUGGAAAGCUGUCGCAAGGAUCAUAGCCUUAGGAUGGAUUCUGCAAAAGGUACUACCCAUUCGACUGGCUCCCACUUUCUUAACUUCCUCCUUGUUUGGAAUGUCUAGUGGCAAGCUUAGGGAAGAAUUUUUGCAAUUCAUUCCCCAAAGUGAAAGCAAGGUUCUUUCAAACGCACUUGAAAACAAGGAAAAAAUGGAAAUGGACGAACUUCUUGAGAUCCUUUCGAAUCAUGAAUGCAAAGUUAGAGUUACGUCAGAUAACCUUGGCGCUGUUAUCGAUCAAAUAGCACACAUGGAAAUGGUUCAAGAACCUGCAUUCAUCAGGGAAUGUCUUUUUGAGGUGUUGAUAACUUACGAACUGGUCAUGGAUGUUGAAAAUGAGUUCCAGAAAAUUACACCAACGCCAAAGAAAUUGAUUUCUUGUCUGGAAUGCAAAGAAUCAGAAUCCGACUCGUUCAAAUAUCUGAAACGAUAUAUCCGUGAGAUUGAUAUUGAUACCAAGCUGUUACGGAACUUGCUCCGAUACCUGACUGCUAGUGAUCUCAUGCUGUAUGAUUCAGAGGGAAUGUUUUUCAAAAUUCAAGUCAAAAUAGUUGACUUGGAAGGCGUUGCAAGGAGACCGAUAGCCCAUACUUGUGGAAGAGUACUUGACCUUCCAAGGAUGUAUGAAAGUUAUCCGGUUUUCAAGAGUGAAAUGAAUGCUGUGCUAAAUUCAAAUAUUUGGGUCAUGGAUUUCGCAUAAAUUAAUGCCAACUGAACCGAAAAAUGGUCAUUAUGAUUGGUUUACAGACAAAAAAAACUAAACAAACAAAUAAACACAAAACAUGUUUAUCAUUUCCCAAGAAAUU